CACCCACAGCCGUCCAAUCAGGCUUCGAAUACAUUAUAUUGACAUACGAGUUGACCAAUAAGCGAGCAGUUCUAAAAGUAAUCGGUCCACCCUCCUCAAAGAGAACGCUAGAGAGACUCGGUAAUGGCGACAGGUCUGCCUGCCCAUGUGACAAGGUGUAAUAUGGUGUGGGAGGUAAAGACAGUCCCUAAAAAAGUCCAGGAAACCGAGACAGUUUGCUCCAGCAUGGAUGAGGCCUUUGACCUGCUCAAGUGUAAUGAGGACCUGCCAUCUUCACCAGGCUGCCCCUCUACUGAAGGCCCUAUAGAAUAUGAUGACUUGCCAGAGUUACAGGAAGUGCAGGAUGACCAGUCAUCCCCAGCAGUGUUUCAAGUGACCCCGGGUGUGUCACAUAAAGAGAGGCCUGAGCAAGGUUGGAGCCUGCAGUCAGAGAGUGCUAGCAUCUCUCACACAAACUGGCUCACAGAGUUAGCCAACAUUGCCACCAGUCCCCAAAGUCCUUUACUGCAGAGUGCACCUCACCCCAGGUCCUCGCCUGUGCACAUCUUUGCCCACAGUAACAGUUUACAUUCCUACGCUCGUCCUCCGUUGGCCUCCAGCAGUGCACCCAGUCCUGCUCGUAGCCACAUGAGGGAGCGCCGCCGCACAAGGGCUAGCAGUGAGUCUGAGUCUGGGGUAUUCUCUGUGUCUUCACUGUCUGAUGAUGAUGACAUGGGAUGGUCCCAUUCUUGGCCCUCCACCAUCUGGCACUGCUUUCUGAAAGGCACACGCCUCCGUUUUCACAAAGGGCCAAAUGUGGAGUGGCAGGACGUAGAGGACGUGGCUGAGUAUGAGGAUGAGUCUGAUGAUGAUGGAGGCUUGCACCUAAGUCCCAUUAAAAAAUAUGGAUGUGAGGGGUUAAAACUCGUGGCCCUGGAGGAGACCGUGUCAUUUGGUCAAUCGGUUCUGAAAUUAACCUUUGACCCUGGUUCUCAAGAGGCUGGGCUUCUAACUACUGAGUGCCAAUUGGAUCAUCCAUUUUAUGUAAAAAAUAAAGGUUGGUCCUCCUUUUAUCCAAGCCUUACUGUGGUGCAGCAUGGUAUUCCCUGCUAUGAAAUGCAGAUUGGGGACUUGUGUCUACCUCCAGGACACCGCGAUACCAUCAACUGUGAUGACUCGACUGUUUUUGACACCUUCAGGAGUUAUGACUUCACCCCUCUGGACUCAUCUGCUGUGUAUGUGCUGAGCAGUAUGGCACGCCAGCGGAGAGCCUCCCAGUCAAGCGGAGGUACUGUGAGUCCUGACUGUGACAAGCUGGAGCGUUCUGGCUCUUCACAUCACUCACCUAGUAGCAAAUCACAACGUAGCCACUCGUCAGGGGGAAGUGGAUCCACACCCACAAAAUGCAAACGGCCAAUGAACGCCUUCAUGCUCUUUGCUAAGAAGUACCGAGUAGAGUACACACAGAUGUAUCCUGGGAAAGAUAACAGAGCAAUUAGUGUGAUUCUUGGUGAUAAGUGGAAGAAAAUGAAGAAUGAGGAGAGAAGGAUGUACACCAUGGAGGCUAAAGCACUGGCUGAGGAGCAAAAACGCCUCAACCCAGAUUGUUGGAAACGCAAGAGAACCAACUCGGGUUCUCAGCAGAACUAGCCAUGAGACAAGCCUGGGAGUGAUUAUCUAUGCCAUCUGUUCACCUGUAGAUGUGAGGAGAAUUAACUGUGAUGAU